AUGGCACCCCCGGAUGCGACCCUUCACACAGUUGCUACUGGCAGAGCUGCAGAGACAGUCGCUCAGCAUCAAAACCCUCAAGACUUGACCUUUUAUUCAGCAUGGUUCUGUCCGUUCAACCAUCGCUUAUGGAUCGCCCUCGAGGAGAAGGGAAUUCCCUACCAGUACAAGGAGGUGAAUCCGUACAAAAAGGAAGAAUACUUCCUUCAGAUAAACCCAAGAGGACUUGUCCCCGCUGUCGAGUACAGGGGUAAAGCCAUCUACGAAUCACUCGUCUUACUCGAAUUUCUCGAAGACGCCUACCCAUCUUACAAACCAAACCUACUUCCCUCAGACCCAUCUGAUCGCGCACACCAGCGCAUAUGGAUAGAUCAUAUUGCCAAGGCAGUCGUUCCUGCGUUGAUGCGGCUGACGAUGACACAGCCAAACGAACAGGAGAAGUUGGAAACAGCUCGAAAUGAGCUUUAUGAGGCACUCAGAAAGCUGCAGAACGAGAUCAAGGGACUCUACUUUGCUGGAGAUCAAUUCACCCUUGUGGACGUCGUUAUUGCGCCAUGGAUCUUGCGGGACUACGUUUCGGCAGAGCAUAGGGGCUUCAAGAGGGAAGACGUAGGAGAAGGUUGGGUGAAGUAUGCGAAGGCUAUUGAAACGCGCGAUUCCGUGUGCAGAACUAUGAGUGAGCGGGACAAGGCUAAAGUGAUAUAUGACCGGUAUCUUCGUGGAGAUGCGCAUAGCGAAGCCGCUAAAGCCGUCAAAGCUGGUCGGCCUAUUCCUUAA